AUGAGGCCGACGUCUGUGAGCGCCACUGCCGCGCCGCCGCCGGCCGCGUGUCGUGCCGCGUCAGCGACCGAGCGCGGACAUUCCUGGAACUGCAAAAAACUUCCGUGGGUUAGCUCAAUAAAAUUAGAGAGCUAUCUAUUCAGAUAUCCCAGAUAUGGGGAAGUGGAUCAGCGGGCGACGCGCCAUCUGCCCCCGCGCCGCCCUUCUAAUAAACAUAUCACUAGCGCGGCGGGCCACUUUCACCCUUCGGCCCCGGACACAGGAGCCACAGUGGAGUGCGCGCGCGCGCAUUCCGCGCUGCACCGGCCGAAUGCAGCGAAUAUUCCAACACAAUCGUUGUCAUACAUUAGCGGGCUG